AUGGGUAUCCCACGGCUCACGCAGGACCUUGCACCCUACCAAGAAAAUGUCCUUCUCUCGAGACAAAAGCCUCUUACUGAGGAUGCACGACCAUGUAUCACUCGAGUCGUGAUUGACGGGCCAUCGCUGGUCUAUGCUGUCCUUUCCAAGAUACUCCCAUUUCAGUCUUAUAUAUUCAAACCCACAGCAGCACCCAAAGCCCCAAGUUACUCUGAGAUCAAUGACGGCGUCCUCCAAUUGCUGAGAGACUUGGAGAGCCAUGGUGUCGAGAUUCCAGUCAUUUUGUUCGAUGGUGGUCUGCCUGUCCACAAGCGUCCAACAAGGCUGGCUCGAAUGGAGCAGCUGAGAGUGCAACUCGAAUUGUACCGAAACUCCUACUCCAAAAUCUCAGUGUCGGCUCGAGAAGAGCCUCUCAAUCUCCAAGAUGCUCUGUGGGAUCCAUCAGUCUUGUCUGUCCGGAAACCUGCUCCUAUUGCACCUCCCUUCAUGGUUGCAAGCGUCAUCGAGCACCUACAAGCCAAUGGGUGGCAGGACCGAGUCAACGUCGUUCCUGGCGAGGCAGAUUGCUUCUGUGCCUCUGCUGCCAAAUUGCACAAUGCGGCAAUCAUCACGAACGAUUCAGAUCUCGCUCUCUAUGACCUAGGUCCGGAUGGAAGACUUGUCCACCUCAGAUCCAUCGCAAUGGAAGUCUCCGAGCAUGGCGACAAGGUAAUCACUGCUACAUCAUUAGAUCUCACAUCCAUUGCUAGAAGUCUUAAGCUUGCGUCAUUGCUGCCGUUCGGCUUCGAAAGAUAUGAACAUCCAGAGUUGACAACAGCAAUGGUCAGCGAACGAGCUAGGUCACAGACUGAUGACAUGGACAAUCCAGCGUAUAAAGCUUUUGUCGAGCAAUUUACUGAAAUCCCUUCAGUCUCGCCACAGAGUUCGCUCAGUCUAAUUGACCCACGCGUCGCCGAAAUUAUUGUCAAUCUCAUCCAUGACGAACCGCCUGCUGUCUACCUCACUCCCAUAUUGGAAGACCCCGGACGUGACUCAUCCUGGUCCUACGGCCUGGAUAUUCGCCAGCUGGCAUACUCCCUCAUAGCCGGCUCGCCAGAGCCCAAGAAUGGAAAACCCAUCACAUUCACUGAGUAUGCAAGAAAGGGACCGCGGAUUGCUGAGAAUACUGUCGACCAGCUGGACCCAAAGACCUUGAAGACGCAGCUGAUGUCUCUCAUUCAACAGGUGGAAGGUCAUAUCCGCACUCCCAGGAGUGAUGUUCAAACCUUGCUGGGCUGGUAUAUGCUUGCCUUUCAUCAGGUACAGCAGCAGAAGGUUGCUCAAUCUAAAGCUAUCUUCAACAUGACAGAUAUCACUCGUGCAAUUGGUCUGAAAAUGACAGGCCUCACGAACACAAUAACGUGGGAAAUUCUCCAUGUCAUCGCCAAUGCACAGGCAGUCUUGUACUCCCUCCGCAUGUUGAAACAAAUCGCAAUAUACGUCAAUCUCUCAGAUAACAGAUGCACCGAUGAUUUUCUUCUCCGACAGCUAAUCACCGCGCUUGACUCCUUACCGCCCAUUCAAGAUCUGUUCCUCGACGUCUCGGAUUUGCGAACCCGAAUUGCGACGCUCGAUGUCAGGGACAGACAUGAAGCCUUUUUGAGCCACCUUAGUCAGGACGACAACGAAGAGGAGUUUGACAUGCCAAAGAUCGGGAAGGAUUCUCGACCGCAUUUGAUCGAGGAGCCGCUAUCUAAAUCAGCGAAACGAAGAUCAAGGGCCAAAACCCAAGCAACCACCAAAAAGCCGAAGACAAACAGGAAUGUCAACAGUUUCCAAGUGCUCAUGAACAGCUGA